AUGCUCGAAGGAGGUAUGCAUGCACCCUAUCCAUCGAACUGGCCCAUUGCAUUGAACCAUUUUAAGGGCGCAGCAUACGGCAAAUGCAUCGUGGCCGACUACAACAAUGUCUCCAAAGACAAAUGCGUUACCGAGUUUCUGAAACUCAAGCAAUGCUUUAUGGAAGCAUACAAGAAGCCGUAA